GAUUGUUUGACUGAGUCAUUUAUUUUUGCAUUUGGGUAUCUUUCAGACUCCAGUUUGUCUGCCCAGCUCAUGCUGAUGCCUAAGGCCCAUCUGAUUUCUCUUCAUCUUUGAAAAGUUACUGCACCAUGGCAGGCCACCUCUCCAGUGUACAGACACGCAGACUGGGAAGUGUCUCCCAGAAAAUGCAAGAACCUCCAAAGACCCUUGAAGAAUUCUUAAAGCUUCAGAAUUGGGAUCACUGGCCAAGGGAAAUCUAUUUGGAUAUUGAUGCUAAAUGGGAAUAUACUCUGAAAAAAAUUAAAGAAGAUUGUUCAUUUACUUCAAUUUAUACACAUCUAUGGGGAAAUGUUCCUCGGGUAUAUGAAGCAGUUAUGACCAUGGAGACAAGAUUAGGGGAAUGUUCAUCUCUUUUGAAAAACCAUGCCUCCAAAUUACUUCAGUGGGACACCAUGAUUUCCAAGACAGGUUCUUAUGGACAUUUGGAUAAACAGAAGGCACUUCUGAAGAAGAACUAUAGGAAAAAGAAGAUAAUGCUUUCAGAUGAAAUGGAGACAAAGAAGAAUAUAGAGGAUUGCAACUUCUCAGGAUUCAAAGCAAAUGAGCUUACUCACCUACCCAGACAUUUGGAUGCUGAACGCAUUUAUCUUUUUAUUUUAAAAACCCUUAACUGUGAUGAAAAACUUUUUAAAGUCUGGAGGACUCAUUUUCUCUCAGAAGCCUCUAUUGCUCUUUUGCAUGAUUCCUUUUGGUGGUGGUUUCUCCAUAAAUUUAAGCCUGACAGAGAAAAUCAAGAUUUCUUGUUUGAUAGAAUUUCAGAAAGUUAUGUGGCACUUUUCAUGAGCAUACCCCUAAGUCGAAAGGAUGCAUUCUUUCAGGUGUAUCCUGAUUGUUUAGCACAAGCUAUCUAUGCAACAUUCCAGGAAGCAUUUCCAGAAUCCAGUAACCUCUUUAAUGAUGAAUUUAAAGAAGAUCUAGGGAAUAGCAUUUUUCUUUGGCUGUCAGGUUUAAAACCUCAAAAAGGCUUUUGGACCCACUGGAAACUAAAAGGACUCAAUGCAACAACCAUACAUGGUAGCAAAAAAGCACCUCCAAAAUCUGAACUGGAAAUUAUUGCAAGCAGUCAAGAACGUAUAAUGAAUACUAUAGACUUCGAUAUGAUGAAAAUUUUAAAGAACCCCAGAGCAUAUUCGGCGUCCAUAUCCAAGGAAGAAUCAAGAUUAUCAAAACCGACAACAAAGUCUCAUUAUUGUAGCCCUGGUCCAGAGUUUAAUAGUGUUCUCUUCAAUUUUGGAAGUCCGAGUCCACUGAUUUUAUAUUAUCUUAAGAUGCAUGAAGUAGCUGGUAUUCCCAAAGCCCCGAAACAAACCAAGACUAGGCUCACUGAAAUAUUCCGAGAACCAUCACCUGCUCCAACUUACCGUGAUAUUACAAAGGAGGCAAAAAGACGAUUUGCAAAGAACCAAAAGGAUUUUAAGAUACUUCAAGCAAAGGCUUCCAAGAAACCUUAUGAUGUCAUGCAUGACUUUGAGAAGUUCCUACACAGACUGCGUAUUGAAGCUGAGGUUGGGAGAGAGUUUACUUCACUAUCAUCAUCAUCAACAGCAACAGAAGACUACACCUUUGAAGAAGAAGAACAUCAAGAGAAACAAGAACUAAACUCUAUUCAAGAAUAA